UUGCCUAUGAGACAUCAUCCAUUUCAACAAAGUUUCCAACCAGUUCCAAUUUUCGAAAAGAUGGAGAAUUCGCCGAAAAAAUUAGUCAGACGAGGUGAAGCACCUACUGCCAUACCGUCUUCGAUGACUGAUGUCCGCUUCGUGCAAAGUUUACUCCUAGCAACACCGCUUUAUUUUUACUAUCCGCACUUGACCCCACCAGGAUUUUUUAGCGGACUGUUAAAAGGGCUAGUUCAAAUGCGAAAUGCAACCGAGGAGCAAAACGUAUCCGUCGAGUGUGGCAUCGAUCUAACAAGCGGCAGAGACGUCAGUUCAAGAACAAGUUCGGGGAAGCGAAAAAGUGUUUGUGAAGGGAUGGAAAGAAAAGCCAAGAGAUCAAAAGACCGCGCGGAACCGUCUCCUAAGGACAACAACUCACCCGAGCAAUCCAACAAUGUCUCGCCAUCACUCCCUUAAGACAUAAAGCUGAAGAGUCGUGCGGCUGCUUCUGCUGAACGAGUGUGUAUUUCCCGCA